AUGGGCAAGACCUUUGAGAAAAUCAGGCUUUGUUCGGUUGGCAAGCUCCAGGAUGUAGACAAGAUCCCCCAGUGGGUACGAGCCAAUGGUGGCGACUACACGAAGAACGUUGACAGCAGAACAACACAUCUUGUCACCACAAAAGAAGCUUACAAGCAAAAUCUUGAAGUAGUCAAAGAGGCCAAGAGUUUGAAAAAUGUCAAGAUUGUGUCUUUUGACUGGCUUGAGGAUUCCCUACUUUCUAAAACACGCCGGCCACUCAAGGAGACUCCGUAUCUCUGGUCAAACCUCAUAUCGGGAACGAAAACGAAUGAAACAAGCCCCCAGUCAGCGGUGUCAAAGUCGCCGAAAAGAAUAUGGGAUCCAUUUCUUCCAUCACCGAAAACGGGUACUAAGGGAUCUAAGGGAACAAAGCGAGGCCGAGUCUAUCAAGAACCCGACAAUGGAGAUCUCUGGAAAGCAACUCUCGUGCGAUCUUGCAAAACCCCACGUCAACGAGAGAAGUACCAGCUGGCAAUCAUGCAGUCAUUUGCCAAACAACCCAGCUACAGCACGUACGCAAAGUACAGCCAGGUUGGCACGUCGAAAGUCCAGCUCCUCUUACCCGCGCAGAAGAACCUCUCCGCAGCGAUGAAAGCCUUCGCUGAGUUCUUCAAAGAGAAAACAGGCAAGGAAUGGCAGACUCGAGCCGAUGGAAAGAUGCCGCCGGCGAAAUGUAGUGAGGAUGGAGAGCCCCUACCUCCCCAUGAGGGUUGGUACACGAUGGAGAUCCGCGGAAACCUUUUUACGGAUUACCUGAAGAGCUACCGGGAGCCCAGUGACCUGAAGAAUUUCGAGGUUCAGGAUAAAGUCAAUCCGUUGCCCGAACAGCCUACCAGCACCAGUGCGGAAAAGAGCCUAGACACCGAGGGACUUAGCGAGGGUCAUGCUUUGCUGGAAUCGCUCAUAUUGAUGGAGUUUGGGUCAUCUAUUAGGGAUGAGCCAGAGGGAAAGAGUACAGUAAAAGGGUCUUCUCAAAUUGUUGCAGAUGAGGUAGUUGAGAAGCCUCGAUAA